CCGUGACUCUCUGCUAAACGUUGCAAUUGAUCAUUCGCUCUUAAUAGUGAACGGGAAAACUUCUUUUUAUUCACACGUCGUAAACGCUCAGACUCUCGAAAAUUUUAGUAGCUCCGUAUACGGGCAAUCAUUAGUUCUAACCUAGUCACAGCCCUACACGAGUUCCCAAAGACAAUAAUUCAGCCUUGCAACAUGACAUCCACCGUGACCGCGAUCGCAUCUUUGCUGCCGACAACAACAGGGCAACUCAACACACAACCACCUAUCGCACAGAUCAUUCCCAUACUUCGUUCGACAUUCGGUCUUCUGCGUGCUUUCUUGUCUCAAGCCCCGCGAGUUUUGGUCGCGCUCGCCACUCCGUUACUGAUCUUCGUCCCCCUUAUAUCCCGUCUGCUUUCUCCGGUUAUACUCGUCUUCCAUAUCAUAUUGGAUGCCACAGUCUACACCCCAUACGCGAUCAUUUCAAACGUAGCUGCCGCGCUAUACCCCCUCUAUGUAUUCUGUGGUAUCGCGUGCAUCAGCGGAGCAGUUUUAGGCAUUCUUGGCAGGUCUUUGGUCACGCUCUCGAACAACCUCAUUGCUCCCGAACUACCGAAGGCUACUCAGUCGCUGCAGGGGUUAUCGAUGCGAUCGAGGAAGAGAAGGAGAAAGAGUUCUUUUACGGAAGAUUCAUAGGCACUUUACUUUU